UGUGCCGUCCGCCAUGGAGACCCUGUCCCAAGACUCUCUGCUGGAGUGCCAGAUUUGCUUCAACUACUACAGUCCCCGCCGGCGGCCCAAGCUCCUGGACUGCAAGCACACUUGCUGCUCGGUGUGCCUGCAGCAGAUGAGGACCAGCCAGAAGGACCUACGUUGCCCCUGGUGCCGUGGGAUCACCAAGCUGCCGCCGGGGUACUCUGUGUCGCAGCUGCCCGAUGACCCCGAGGUGAUCGCUGUCAUUGCGAUCCCCCACACCUCGGAGCACACCCCCGUCUUCAUCAAACUCCCCAGCAACGGGUGCUACAUGCUGCCCUUGCCCCUCUCCAAGGAGAGGGCGCUACUGCCGGGAGACAUUGGCUGCCGCCUCCUGCCCGGUGGCCAGCAGAAGUCCCUGGCGGUGGUGACGAUCCCGGCGGAGCAGCAGCCGCUGCAGGGCGGCCUCCCUGCUGAAGGGGUAGCGGAGGAGCCAGACCGGAGAGGUGUUGUGAAAAGCUCCACCUGGUCGGGGGUUUGCACUGUGAUCCUGGUGGCCUGUGUCCUGGUCUUUCUCCUGGGCAUCGUCCUCCACAACAUGUCAUGCAUUUCCAAGCGCUUCACGGUGAUCUCCUGCGGCUGAGGCGGGGAGGGAGGUGUGCUCCUCGGGGGUUGGGUCUGUGGUGGUGGUGGUGGUAUCGAGCGAGACAAUUCACCGCAGCUUUGCCCAAUGACUGCAGAACGCUAUGCACUGGGGCAGCGGUGCGCUGGCCCGGCUGUGGCCCCCAGCGGUGCAGCCUCAGGACUCUUGGCAGCGUGUGGAGAAAAUCAUGUCCCAUGUCUGGCGGCAACAGCACUAAGGACUGCAUGCGUCACCAUAAUCAUUUAUCAAAGGGACUGCAACUUACAGUGAUUUUUUUUUUUAUCGUGUUAUGAGAUUAAAGACAUCUAUGUAGCUGAUUAUACUGUAAAGUAUACGGUAUAAGCUCUUCUCUAAACACAAUAGAUUAAAAUCAAAACUGCUCCAUGUAGAAUUAAAGGAGAAGUGGCGUGCAACUCUGUACAAGGUGUUCAAUA